GCCUCAUCCUCGUGGUACGAAAGUCGUCUCUCGUUCGAGAUAUCGUUCCAUUCAUUACAAACGAUAAUGGCUAAGCGAUCUUUUAUAUAAGCAUUAUGAUAUGCUCUCAAGGUGUAUGCAGAAGUAACUCGUAACUACGACAGAUAAAAGGAUCUUACUAUACAAGUGAAAUGUUCAACGGGAUACGUGAUAUAUUGAGUGAUACAGCGAUCAUGUUAAAGGAUAAGCAUGCUUGUCAAGGUUACAUCAAACGCAGACUACCGAUUUUUGCAUGGUUACCAAAAUAUAAAUUGGCAUGGUUAGUUCAAGAUGCGCUCGCUGGUUUAACCGUAGGUCUUACAGCAAUACCUCAAGGGAUUGCUUAUGCCAUCGUCGCUGGAUUAAGUCCCGAGUACGGUCUGUACUCUGCAUUUAUGGCUUCCUUCGUCUAUAUCAUUUUCGGAUCUUGCGAAAACAUAACUAUAGGGCCAACGGCUAUUAUGGCAACUAUGGUACAAUCACUUGUAUUAAAUUAUGGUCCGGACAUGGCGAUAUUAUUAGCAUUUUUAAAGGGAUGUAUCAUCAUGCUGUCAGGCCUAUUUCAUUUAGGUUUCCUUUUGGAUUUUAUCUCUCUUCCCGUCAUAACUGGGUUCACUUCUGCCGCUGCGAUUAGCAUUGCCUCGUCCCAAUUCAAACCGCUUUUAGGUAUACCAGGAAGGACCGAAAGCUUUUUAGAUUCCAUUGAACAAGUCUUUUCGAAUUUAAAAGCUAUCAGGUAUCAGGACACGAUCUUGGGUAUUUGCACGAUCAUCGUUUUAGUUAUUUUCAAGAACCUACCUGGGAAGCGAAAUGGUACUUGGUCGCAAAAAAGUUUUUGGGGUUUAACUUUGGCAAGAAAUGCUAUAGUUGUUGUCACAGGAACCAUUAUAGCUUAUAUAUGUUCUUCUACUGGAAAUGAAAUAUUCAACCUUACAGGAUCAAUGGGUAAAACUUUACCACCGUUCAAACCACCACCUUUUUCCACGAUAUUCAAAAGUAAAACUUAUGAUUUCGUGGAAAUGACAAAGAUUAUGGGAUUGACAAUCAUUUCCAUUUCUGUUGUCUCUACUAUAGAACAUAUAGCAAUAGCCAAGGCCUUUGCAAAAGGAAAAUCUCUGGACGCAACCCAAGAGAUGUUUGCUCUUGGAAUUUGCAACAUCUUAGGAUCUUUUGUGUCAUCGAUGCCAGUUACAGGAUCCUUCACGAGGACAGCUGUCAAUCAUGCAUCAGGUGUAAAGACACCUUUCGGCGGUCUAUUCACAGGUUGUCUAGUCCUGCUCGCUGCAGGAUUCUUAACACGUACCUUCCGUUUUAUUCCUAAAGCAACAUUGGCUGGUGUUAUAUUAUGUGCCAUGUAUUAUAUGCUCGAUUUUGGUACUUAUAUGUUACUAUGGCGUGCGAAAAAGAUCGAUUUUGUCAUUAUGAUACUGACAUUCCUGCCAUGCCUUUUCCUUGGCCUUGAAUUAGGAAUAGCCAUUGGUGUGGUUUGUAAUUUAGCGACAUUACUAUACUUUUCGGCAAGGCCAUCCGUCGAAACGAAGAUCGAACAGAAUGACGAUCAUCGAAUUAUAACACACAUAAUUCCUGAAGAAGCUGUUGCCUUUCCGGCAGCGGAACAUCUGCGUGCCAAUAUAAUGAAACUUUCCGAAACAACUCAUUGCAAUGUUGUAUUAGACUGCAGGAAUCUUAAGAGAAUUGAUGUUACUGUUGCAAAGAAUAUUAAAUUAUUGGCUAACGAUCUUUCGUUACGCGGACAAGAAAUAAUCUACGUUAAUUGUUGCAAGAACGUCGAGGAUAUCUUAAAGACGGUUGCACCGGAAUUACAAAACGAGUUUCAUGAAAUUGUCAUUGCUAAUAGCUGAUAACAAUAGAAGAGUAAAGGAGAAACAAGAGAGAACAAGAACCAAAGGAGACGUCAAACAAUCGAGCUUGAAAAAUCAAUUGCAAAAGGACACGAAUGAAACGAUUUAAUAUAAAAUCAAUGUUCUCUAUUAUUCUCAAGUUCUACACCUUAAGAAUCGAAAACGACGCGAUGCUCAUGGAUCGUCGACAUUUUCUUCUAUUCGUUCUUAUUCUUAAUUGUUAAAGUGGUUAUUAAUUAAAAAAAAAAAAAAAAUAGAAAAAAAAAACAUUGGUGAAAGAAAUGUUUGGUGAUUCAUUUGGUUGUAAAUUAAAAUAAAAUAACCAAUAUCAGUUCUGAUGCACGAAGACUGUGAAAUUCCUGAACUGACCGAUAGUAUAUUCUAUUUAAAUAAUAGAAUUAAAAUAAAUGUAUAUCAAAUAUUUUUAUAUAUU